AUGACCUGCUCUCACAAUGUGGUUUUCCUGUUGGAUACUGCCAGUUCUGUGCAGAAGCUUCAUCUACAUCUGGGCACCUUGAGGAUCUUGAACUAUCUGGGCUGUAGAUUUGGCUUGGCUAAGGUCCGGUGGGGAUUUAAAUUCUUUGACUCCUUAGGAGGACAGGGCAGAGCAUCACGGGUGGGUAGUUUACGUGAGCUUGGGUCCCGCAGCUGGGAAGAAUUCGAGGAAGAACUGGAAACCAGAUUCAGAAGCCGAUGCUGCAGUCCUCAUUUACCUGGGUCUGUGUCACAAGCUGCCUUCACUGGUAAUAUACUGAAAGAAACUUUACUUGACUACCAAUGGGAUCGGCCUGAAAUAGCUUCUCCAGCCAAACCAAUACUGAGGAACCAGAAAAGCAAGUUUGUUGUAACCCUGGACAAACCUCCAGCAAGUUCCAUUCCUGAGGGCUUUGUGAAUGCCAUUUUCCUCUUCUCUCCCUGCCCUCAUUCCCAGAGGGAGCUGCUACACUUCAUCUCUGAAAGCCAUGUUUAUUUGUCUGAUGUACUACCUUCUGUGCAUGACCUGACAGAAAAGAUUGUCCCUAAAGGAAUCCAGGAAAUGAUGGCUAACCAGAAAAUCACCCUGUAUUGGGUGGACACUACUGAAAAAGUCAAGUUUCUUGCAUCCCCAGACCACAUUGGCUACUGGAUGUUGGUUGAACUGAUGCAGCUCUUGGGGGGCACCAUUUUGCCAUCUGAGACAUUAAUCCAGUAUCUACAUCACUACAGAACAGGGACUGCUCCUUUUUCACCUGUGGAACCCAUGUCCUCUGAGCUACCAUUUGGACCAUGGACUACAAUCCUGCCUUUCAAUUCAACUUUGGACUACCUGCUUUCUUUGCCUUCCAGAUUACAAACAACUUUCCUUCCUCAAGAAGGAGUGUUGUUCUUCCAGACUGACGCAGAGCCUUUAUUUCCAGAGUGGGCCCAGCAAGAACUAUCGCACACAUACCACUGGAAUCCUGCAGUGACUGAAGGCUGGUACUCUUUUUCAAACCUCUGUGGAGCAAGUUCACAGCUGAUGGAAUCGCUGAGAUUGCUGGAGGCAAAUCCUGCUAUUGGGGAAGAAGAGGCCUCAGAGCCUGAAGGGGAACUGAUGCGGUGCCUAUCAGAAUUUUAUCAAAGGAAAACCUCUGAUCUCUCCACUAGAUCUCAUCAGCAAGAUCAUAGAAAGCGAUGUGGAGUUCCUCGGACCCCUGUGAGGCAGAAAAUGAAGACCAUGUCUCGCUCCCUUCAGAUGCUGAAUGUUGCAAGGCUGAAUGUAAAGGCUCAAAAGUUCUUGCCCGACGACAAGCCAUCAGUCAGCAAGAAAGUUUCCCAAAGGCUGCAGUCAAGAAGAUCAGACCAUAAAUUAGAAGAAAGGGUGGAAACAAUGAGAACCAGGAUAGGCUUCAGAACCGAAGAAGAGAUGCUUUCCUAUAUAACUGCAAACUAUCAGAAGGCUGUAAUUGAUGGAGAAAAUGUCUCCACCUAUGCCCAGGAUAUGAUGACGGCUGUUUAUACAUUUCAGAAAGCCAAUGAAACAGCCUGUAUGGAUACAAUCCGAAGCAGUCUCCUGAAGACUGGCAAAGUCCUCCGGCAACAGCUUGGCCAUGAUCCUGAUAAGGAACUCAAAGAGUGCCAGCUUCAGGUAUACUUGCGGCUGGAAAUGUGUUUGCAGUGCCCUUCUUUUCGAAACAAUGCAGAUGAAAUGGAACAACUUGUAGAAGAGAUAACAGAGAUGCUGCGGAUUUUGUGUUUGACUAAAGACCCAGGAUACCUCACCAGUCUUUUAGAGGAAAUUGUAGAAACGUACAUAGAAUCUAUGCCAAAGACCCUUGGAGACUUGUACUACAGUCUGGGGACACAGAUUCCUCCAAAGCUGGCCUCUGUCCUUCCAGCAGAUUUCUUCAGUGAUGAUUCCCGAAGUCAGGAGAGCCAAACUCCAUCCCUUCCUGCUUCCACAGCCUCUGUUCCACUUUCCAGAACAGCUGCCUUGAGCACCGAGACUGAUCAGCUGGAAGAGCUGCGUACUAGAUCUGCCAAGAAAAGGUGAAAAAGUACGCUAGCCAGACACCGAAGUGUGACAGAAUCAUCACAGAACUUACGCCAAAUAGAGAUUCCUCAGAUACCCAGAAACCGUACUCAAAAGGACAACUUUCAUGCAUCUCUUGAUGUGAAAUCAGUACCAGCUGCACAGAAAAUGGCAGUGCAAGUUUUUAUUUCUCCAUUUAAACAAUUCCUUCUCUUUGCCUUCCUGAUGCUUUUGGAAGUGACAAAAGUACGAAGGAACCUCUUCAACAAGGCAGUGAUUUCUCCAAGCAAAAGAUCCCUCACAAAGAUUCCUCGGAGCCAGUCAGUAUCGGCUGUGGAAGGCCUAAAAUGCAACCAAUCUAACAAGGGUACCAGAGGCAGUCACAGGCUAUUGACCAAGAGGGUGGCAGAAACACCGCUGCACAAGCAGAUCUCCAAUAGACUGCUGCACAAGCAGAUCUCCAAUAGACUGCUGCAAAAGCAGAUUACAGGCCGGUCUUCAGAUCCUGGAUCUGAAAUUGGGGUUGUAGAAGAAUCUCCUGAAAGAAACAUAACCUGUGGUUUAAGAAGAAGCCCAUGGGUCAGGCAGCUGCUGCUGGAUAGAAUACUGUAUUCUGAGCAAGUAGAAGCCCCAUGUGAUCAAGAUAGUCUAACAGGCGUGGUGUCUCCUCCUGCAAAGAAAGCCAUCCAGUCCCCUAAAAGCCUUCUCUUUGGAGCAGUUGUUGAUGUGCUCAGUAUUGAGGAGAUGGGCUCAUCCAAAACAAGAAGAAAAUCCUUGGCUUCUAGCAAGCUUGUUUACCAGACACCAAGAAAAAAUCCUAUUCAGUUUUCCCAGAGACUAAGUCCCUCCAACAAUAUUCUGAGAAGAUCUCCACGGAUUCAAGGGAAGUUAGAGCAGACACCUCAGAAAACCUCAGCCUUAAAGCAUGCUCCAGCUACGCAUUUGGAAGAUCUCUCUUCCCCUUGUAGACAGAAGAACAAUUCCUGGCCCAAAUCCACUGAAAAGGAAGAUCCUCUGACAGAGAAGAAAAAGUGUUCUUCCCCUUCCAAGGUUGCCAAGCUACAGACUUUAGCAAAGCAGGCAAGAAACGAAGCACUCGAUGAUGUAUUUGUUUCAUCUGCAGGCAGUUCUGAUUCAGUAGGUGCUUUGUCUAUAACAGCUUCUCCAUUUCCAUUAAGUUCCAGUGGAAUGUCAUUCUCACAGCUGCAGUCUCCAAGACGCUCCUUGAGAAUUGCCCAGAAAAUGGUUUCUCCAACUCCUGCUCAGAGGCACUCUCUUGAGGCAAAAAGACUCUCAUACCAGGAGCUUUCAUCAUUGGAGUCAGACUCUGUGUUAUCAGAAGUAACACCCACAGUCUUUGGAGGUCAGAAUGCCACAAAUAUCUCCCCAGCAAAAGCCGUCAGAUCUUCCUGCAUGCCCAAAGAGCACUUAAACCUGUACCGAAGUAAUGAAUGUCAGUAUAGGAACAAUGCCAGUCUUUCUGCUAAAACCAAUGCAUUCUGCAAACCUGAGAAUACAGAAGGAAUGACCUUGAUGCAGGAUAUACAAACAACGCAACAAACAAGAGCAAUAACUCCAACUAAAAGAAGAGGAUUAGAAAGACACCCAUCUCCUAAAUUUUCCCCUGAAGAGCAUGUGCUUAUCCCAGAUGCAGUAGUGGUGUGUGAGCAGUUGGAGACCCCCUGCCUAGUCAAGAGGUCCUUCAUAGGUAGCUUUCCAGUAGAACAAGGCUCAGGGACUUCACAAAAUAGGAUUUUGCCAGCAGAGGCAGCCAAGGGUUUGCAGCACCCACUCUUCCAGAGCCCUCUUGGACAGAACCAGCCUUCCUGGCUUCCAGCCCCAAAGUCCGGCACUUCCGCAUAUGCAUUGCGUUGCACCCCAGAGAGAAAGCAGCGGGAAGCUGCAGCGCGACUAGGCAACCCUGAGAACAAGGCCACGUGCAGCACCCCCAGGACUAUUCACACACAGCCAUUGCCAGUUAGUCCACCAACCUAUGAAGUUGAACUAGAGAUGCAAGCUUCUGGCCUGCCAAAGCUCCGCAUCAAAAAGGUUGCUUCUGGAUCAACUCUGGAACUGCAGUCUCAUGCAGAGCCUGGAAAACCCAAAGGAGAGGAAAAUGAUCCUGCUCUGGGGGAUCUUUCUGUGACCUGGUGUGGUAAGCACUCAGCGAAACCAGAACCUGCCUCCAGCUCACCCUCCUGUAUUCGCUCAGCCCACAGUAGUCCUGGGAAGUUUGGAGGGAAUGGCCAGACCUACAUAUGCCAGUCAUACACUCCAACACAUUGCGCCUCUUCUAUUGCUUCCCCAUCCCAGAGCAAUGCUGGCACACACUGCACACCUUCUCCAAAGCAUAAAGGAAGGAUUACCCCUGAAGCGAUCAAAGACUGGCCGCGAAAGAAAAGAGCUGCUAUUAGUUGCAGCAGAAGUGACAAACAGGGAGAUGCCCCUGGAGAUGCAGGGGAAAUAAGAGCUUCUGCCUUCUUUAAUAGCAAUAAAGCACUGCUCUUGGGGGAAUUUGAACUUGAAGGAGUCUACAAACUUCAAGACCAGUCACCUAGCAGUAACGUAGAGCCCAGUGGUGAUGAGAGCAUCUGCAGAAAUACUUCUGGAUUGAAGUUCAGGAAAAGGGCCUUUGAGCACCUGUCUCCAGAGGAGGAAACAAGCCAGGAAGUAAAAAGGUCCUUCAGAAAGAGAGCACACUCCGGUUUAGCUCCCUACUCAACAGAACUUCUGAGCAUCAGUAAGGGGGAAGUGUCCUCAAACAGGACCAUCCUGGAGGAGGAGGAGAUCUUCAGUUUUUCAGGUCUGACUCCACCCAAGUCUUUAGGAAAGAGCACCAUUUCUGCUAGUGGUCUUCUUGCCCUAACACAGUCUCCACUGCUCUGUCACACCUCAUCCACGAGGAAGCGUUCCACAGGAGAUGACUCUGAAGUGUCUGCAGCUGUAAAUGAAGACUUCUCCCCGUUUCAGAGGGCAGUGGCCUCCAGACAGCGUUCCAUUAGCAGGACCUACUCACGGAAAAGGCUGCUUUGCUGAACUGUGAAACAAAACUGAGGGAACUCUUCUUCGGAGGUGUUUCAUGCCUAUUUUAAAAUCAAAACUAAGGGCCAACCACAAAAGCAGCAUGUCUUGCUCAUGAAUUCACAGUUGGAUCCAGUCACAGGAAACAUUUUGCUCAGCAUCAGAACCAGAAAAAAGUGGAACUAUGCUGCAGCCAAUGGCAGAAAGUAAAUGAUUGAGAACAUAACCAC